CGCCAUAAUUCUCUACUUUGCACAUUCAAAAUGGCGGCGAGAGUGUCGUCUGCGUUGGUUUCCGUGGAUUUUGAAAUAUUUGGCAAAGUUCAAGGUGUUUUCUUCCGCAAAAACACCAAAAAAACAGCUGAUUUGUAUGGGUUGGUUGGCUGGGUGAGAAACACUGACAGGGACACUGUAGAAGGACAGGUACAAGGACAGAAUGACAGGAUCAAGCAAAUGAAGAUUUGGCUGCAGACGAAGGGCAGUCGUCGGUCAGAAAUCUCCAGAGCAGAUUUCAAGAAUGAGAAAUCUGUUGAAAAGUUAGACUACAAAGAAUUCAAGAUCAUCAGAUGAGACCUGAUGUCCUUCUGCUUCGGUGGCAUUUCUUUGUAAAUAAAAUUGUAAAUUUUUUUAACACCACAGUUGCUUUGAAUGCUGAGUGAAACCAGUUCAGGCAUGAUAUCCUUUAUGUGUGACGUGAGGCUGUUUCCUUUAAAUUUAAAUUAAGGCAUUAUUUAUUUGAGCAAUCUAACAGUGAGGGUAAAUUUGAAAUUUCAUCAAAAACUGCCCUCCUUUUUAAAAACAGUCCUUUUUCUCUUCGCCAUUUGUCUGCAGAUCUUUCUGAUAAUUUCAGCUGCAUGUGUUCCUGUGGUUAGGCAUAGUGUGCAUUUCAGAGGUGUAAGCAUGAAACACUUAAAAUCCUAAACUAUUAAAUUUGAAAACUCCACCUUGUCUUACCAAAUUGAAUAACGGGUCAAAUUUUUGCAGUUAGAUGAUGCUGUGUAAAAGCUUGGUAUUUUGUGUCAACCCUCACCCCUUGGGGAAUCCAUAAAAUUCACACUGAAAUGGAGACGAGACUCAUGAGAUUCAUAUUAUAUUCAUAUCAAUGUAUUGGUGUAAAUAACUCCCUUUUCUGUACAUCUUCCCACCCCAACUACAUGUACCUACUUAUGAUUGCUCUUUGUCGAAGGCCACACUAUUAUGCUCUUUCAUUUGCACCUGUGAAUUCUUGUUCAGAAACUGAAGCUGUUGCCUUCAUAGCCUCGACUAGACCUUGGAGUUGACUUUACCCGCACCCUGACAGUACCGAUGCAAUUCAAGUUCUUCAGCUAGGGUUGUUUGGGGAAAAAAAAUUAUCUUCAAUUUGCUGUGAUUGAAAGCACCCCUUACUUGCUAAGAUGAGACAGGCUGGUGGAAAUCCAGUUUCAUUUGGUGCCGGCACCCAUGCCAAUCUUACAUACCUACAUGUAUGUGUAUUUAAACUUGAAUGCCUGGAGAAAAGGCCCAUAUGAUGCUGGGUUGGUGAACCUUGUGUAGACUAGGUUAACUCCACGCCACGUUACCCCCUUUCUACAAAGUGUAAGGGGCAGUCUUGGAUUAGGGCUAACAUGGCAAAAGGAAAAGGAGCAGUAUUAAAGGAAACCAUAUGCAAAAAUUCAGCCUAAAGCGAUGUUCACCGGCAGGAAAACUGAGUGCCUUCAAGUUUUCUUAACUACAUGAAAACAAAAGAAUGUCCACGCGACACUGGUAAUAUAAACGUGUGCAGAGUGUAAUGAAAAAUUGAUUGCUCAUCUGGCACCGCGCACACACAUCGACACACAUGUGAUGUGAGUUCCCACCACAGGACCAUCUGUGCUCCAUGAAAGCAUGCCACCUCUUUCUCCCACACUGAGCGGAUACCUCACAGAUCAAAAGCUUGGAUUUCAAGAGCUUUUCCCUCAGUAGCUGAAAUAUGUUGCCAUUCUGUCAGGCAGUCUUUCAGCAACUUGCAAAUGAAAUUUGAGUGUAAGUAAAAUACCAGUACAUUGUUCUAGGUUCUGGUGCCUGAGUGGAAAGGAGGGGCAAAGUUCCUGGGUGUGGCUACUUGAUGUGUUUGAGAAGUUCAGCACAGUGUCUGUGAAAGUGUCAAUACAAUCUUACAUGAAGUGUGCAGAGUGAUAAAUAUUUAAUAAAACUGGAUUACAAUUUGAAUGCAU